CAAAAAAGACUUCCAGAGAAGAGAGAUAAGGUUAAGGAAAAAAGAAACUAACCACGUGUUUUUAUGGAUAGCGCGUAGUAUAGAGUAUUUGGACACCCCAAUGUGCUGUCCAAAUUACACUGUUUAUCAUUACUCAGAAAGGGAGUGGAAUUGAAGAACAUGAUGGCUACUGAUGCAGAAGAAAAUCAAGUAGAACACGGCUCUUGUUAUGACAGGCAAAGGGAGCUUAAGCUUCUUGAUGAAUCAAAAGCAGGUGUGAAGGGCCUUGUUGAUGCUGGUUUGUCUAAGAUUCCAAGGAUCUUCAUUCAUGACAACCUUAACACAUCUUCCUCCACUGCUACCAAUAAUGAUGUUAGUAUUCCAGUCAUUGACUUGGGAUCACUGCAUGAACAAGGUAGCUCACGGCAUGAGAUCAUUGAGAAGGUGAAAGAUGCGUGUGAGAAAUGGGGGUUCUUUCAAGUGGUCAACCAUGACAUUCCACAGUGUGUUCUGGAUGAAAUGCUUGAUGGGGUGCGCAGAUUUCAUGAGCAGGAUUCUAAGGUGAAGAGAGAAUUCUAUUCACGUGAUGAUUCAAAGAGGGUGUUGUACAACACCAACUUUGAUUUGUACACAACUCCUGCGGUUAAUUGGAGGGAUACAUUCUCUUGUGUAAUGGCUCCAAGGCCUCUUGAUCCUCACCAACUCCCUUCAAUCUGCAGAGAUAUCAUAAGUAAGUACACAGAGUAUGUUAAGAAAUUGGGACUAGUUUUAUUUGAAUUGCUUUCUGAAGCAUUAGGCCUUAAUCCCAAUUACCUUAAAGACAAAGAUUGUGCAGAAGGGCUUUUCAUGCUUAAUCAUUAUUACCCUCCUUGUCCUGAGCCUGAACUCACUCUGGGAACAAGUGGCCAUUGGGAUUCUGGCUUCCUCACCCUUCUCCUACAAGACCAAGUUGGUGGACUUCAAAUCUUCUAUGAAAACCAAUGGGUUGAUAUCACUCCUGUUUCUAAUGCUCUCAUUAUUAACCUUGGUGAUAUGAUGCAGCUGAUCACAAACAAUAAAUUUGUGAGCUCCAAACACAGAGUUUUGGCUCAAAAAAUAGGUCCACGAGUUUCGGUUGCAUGCCUUUUUAGACAGCAUCUUGAACCUGAGACUUCAAAAGUAUAUGGACCAAUAAGAGAGUUGGUGACAGAAGAAAAUCCUGCAAUGUACAAAGAUAUCACAGUGAAGGAGUUUGUUAAGCACUAUUAUGCAAAAGGACUUCAUGGUGUCUCUGCACUAGAACACUUCAAGCUAUAAUUAUAAUACAUACACACUGAUGGUUUCAGUGGCUAAGAGAAGGGGGGAUUGAAUCUUAGCCCAUUUUUGCUUGCUAAAACUUGCUGGACUUAGAAGAGACUUUUCUGUUUUAUCUCGUCCCUAGCCACGAGACAUUUUUUAUUUUUCAUCUGAACAGUAAAGACAGAAUUGAAGUAGGAAGAGAGAGAGAAGAUUACACCCAGAUAUAUCCUGGUUCAGCUGCUAAGUGCAGUGCAGCCUACAUCCAGUCUCCAUCACAACAAUGAUGGAAUUUCACUAUAAUCAUCCAGAUUACAAGUUGUAAAGUGCUAACCCAACUUACAAGGGGAUUCUCACAGAAUCAUGAAACACAACACAGAUGUACAAAGGAACUCUAAGACAUCUAUGGCUUUUUCUUUUAA